UCGUCGUUGAAGCAGUUUCUCCUUCUGCGUUAUUUUAUUCUGUGCCGCUCCCUUCGGGAUUGUCUCUCCAUUCAGCCUCCGUCAGUUCUUUCACUCACUAAGUUUACUCUAUUUUUAGCCAAUGUUAGUGUUUUCAGAGUUCAGUGAUCUAUAAUUUCAAUUUUCAUAGUUUUUACGCUAUUAAGAAAUAUCAGUAUCCACAGUAAGUACAGUUCUAAUUUAACAUUCAAUUUAAUUUAAUGGUGUAGGUAACAUGAUGAUAUAGAGUUUUUUCAACAAAUAAUUAAACUUUAUUUCAGAGAAUGGGAUUGCCUCAGUUAGAGACGUGUUGCUUCGUAUUUGAUUUGAAAACAGGAAACAUUAUAUUAGGAGGUGUCAAUGCGUUGGGUUCAUUCAUUCUCACGAUCAUAAUGAUUGUGAUGGCAGUGGUUGUGGGGCAGAUCGAGGAGACAGGGGAUAUUGACAUCGACGCUCCCGUCACCGGCCUUUACGUGAUGUGCAUCCUGCUCACCCUUAUGUUCCUAGUUCGGUUCCUGUUCGACCUCUACUUCAUAUACGGAGUUAUUAUAGAAAGAGCCUCGAUCAUCAAGGCAUAUUUCAUCGUAUGGAUAGUCAUCUUCAUCAUGAGCUCAUCAAUUUUCUUCCUCAACAUCGAGUCCUUCAACGCUGGCACUAUUUGCACUGAAUUAUUCUAUUUGGGAGUAAACGUGUACACCAUUCUAUUGAGCCACAGUUUCUACAAGCAACUAAACAGCCGCGAAGAAGUUUAAAAAUAGAUAUCAAAAAUAUGUAUCAUCCUCUAGAACCUGAUUAAGAUCUUUAUUUUGCAAAACCAUUAUGCUAAUGAAUGAAGAGUAAAUAUCUUAGAUAGGUACUUGCUUGAACGCUGUAAUAAGUAAACUAUACCUCAGAACCUGCAGUUGCCAACUAGGUAUGGAAUGUUAGCGAGAAUAACUUUAAAAAAAAACAACAUCUAUAAAACGUGCCAAAAAAAAAAACAAAAUUUAUAGAUGUUGUUACGCCGUUGUGCAUUAUUGUUUUUGUCUGUCUACUUCUAUUUAUUUGUUAUGUAAGUACAGUAAAGAAUUUACAAACAAAUAAUGUUUUUAAAUUCUCUAUCUUUAAAAUGUUUAAUCAUUUAUUAGUCAAUGAGACAGGGGAAUGUAUUAUUGAAUCAAAUAAAGAAUUUAUUGAAUUGCAACUUGAAAUAUACAUACCUACAUACCAUAAGUAUUCUGAGAUUCCAAAAUAUGUUGGUCUGCUUAUUAUAUACAUAUGUAUAAAGUCAAAGCAUAAUAACAGCGCCAAGUAAAGCUUUUUUGAUUAUUAGAAAAAAUUGUUCUUUAAUGAAAUUUGGCAGGCAAUGAAACUAGACAAAUAAUAUGGCAUUAAAACUAUUAAUUUAUUUCAACAACUAAAAAGGAAUAAAAGUUAUAUAAACUAUUAAGUUUACAAUUAGUUAUACAAAAUUACGUUUAAAAACAAAAAAUAUACUUAUGUUUAAGUACUAAAAAUAAAUGAAGAUGAUGAUAGAAUAACAAUUUUGAUUACGUAUAUCUGCCCUCUUUUCCUAAGGUUUAGGCAGCCACGAUCCUUGCAUACCUUCUACAUUGAUCUUAAUAUAUUCAUCACUUUUUUAUGCAAGCUCGGUUUAAGUUACUUUUUUCGCAAUUCUAGUUUCUGUAUAGUUUUUAAGUUAGGGCACCCUGGUGCAUUAGUUUUUAUAGUCUAUUCUUUAUUCUCCAUUAAAGCAAUCUUUUUUUUAUUAACUCAGAAGUUGUGCUUUAAACGUUACUCGUAAUACCUAACUUACAAAACUGUCAAUCUGUUACUCACCAAGUUAAUACACAGAAAACUUGUAAAAUAUACAUAAUAUUCAGACUUCUAUAAAAUGUAAUCUCUUCU